UGAGAAUCGCUAGUAAUCCAUGUACAAACAACGAGAUUAGUAUUGAUAUAACACAGCAUGCCAGACAAGUGAAUGUCGAGGACCAAAGUCCAAAUGAAAGUGAAAUUUAUAAAUCGGUCUAAUCUAUGUUCGUGACAACGGUGAAUGCAAGUCGAAAACAUCGUUAUAUGAAAGUCUGCGAUAGUCCUAUAAGUGUUUGUGUGUUAUAACCUAAAUCGAAUAUAACGAAUAAAAGAUGGGAGAUACAGGACCACUAGAAUAUUUCUUAUGCGGAGGAGCAGGAGGAAUAUGCACCGUUCUUGUGGGUCAUCCUUUUGACACACUUAAGGUGCGCCUUCAAACAAUGCCUAUACCUAAGCCUGGUGAAGUACCUCUAUACACAGGCAUGACUGAUUGCAUUAAGAAGACUGUGUCAAAGGAAGGUGUUCGGGGACUUUAUAAAGGCAUGGGUGCCCCAUUAGUUGGCAUUGCUCCCAUAUUUGCUAUUUCUUUCAUGGGUUACAAAGUUGGCAAGCAAAUUAUUGGACCUGCAGAAGAGAGCCAAUUCACCUAUAUGGAUUACUUUACUGCCGGAGCAUUUUCAGGAAUUUUUACUACCACCAUUAUGGCUCCUGGGGAGCGUAUCAAAUGUUUAUUGCAGAUACAAGGAGAUUCAAUGACAAAGAAGUACAAUGGUCCUGUGGACUGUGCAAAGCAAUUGUAUAAGGAAGGUGGAAUUAGAAGUAUCUAUCGUGGAGCAGGAGCCACUUUAUUGAGAGAUGUGCCAGCGAGCGGCCUAUAUUUUUUAACUUACGAGGGAAUUCGAAACUAUCUCACUGACAAUGGUAAGAAGGACAUUACCUUCCAUGGGACAUUAUUCGCCGGUGGUUGCGCUGGAAUUUCUAAUUGGCUCAUAGGAAUGCCUUUUGAUGUACUGAAAAGUAGACUGCAAAUUGCUGCCGAGGGGCGUUUCCCGAACGGUAUCAGAGACGUUGCCAAAGAUUUACUAAAAAAUGAAGGUCCAUUGGCUUUAUACAAAGGAAUAACACCGGUCCUGCUUAGGGCAUUUCCGGCCAACGCUGCAUGUUUCAUGGGCUUCGAGCUUUGCAGAAAAUUCUUAGCCAGGUUCAAGAAGGGCGAACAGCAAGAACAGAUUUAAUAUUACUGCAAUCGCACAUUUUUUUAUAGAGAAUAUAUUUUGUCUAUUGUUAUAAAUAAAGCGAAGAAACUGGA